AGUCCAUUUCAGUGGUUGUGCAACGAAACCCAGAAGAGAAAUGAAGCAAAAAAACAAACAGUUUUUGUCAAUUUCCCUUCUUUUCUCCCUUGUCCCAAUUGUCAACGGGAUCUUACCUGAGUCUCCACCGCAGAGUCUGGCAAUCAAACACUUUGUGCUCAUACAUGGGUCAUGCCAUGGCGCCUGGUCAUGGUACAAAAUUGUGGCGCUACUAAAAUCAUCUGGACACAAUGUCACAGCCGUCGACUUAGCUGCUUCGGGGAUUGAUCUACAGCAGGUCAGCAAUCUCCGAUCGAUAUCCGAUUAUCACCGGCCAUUGAUGGAGCUGAUGGCAUCUCUCCCGGCACAUGAGAAAGUGAUCCUGGUCGGUCAUAGCUUGGGUGGAUUGGCAAUAUCUCAAGCCAUGGAAAGGUUUCCUGAUAAGAUUUCUGUAGCUGUUUUUGUCACUGCCUUGAUGCCUGGACCAUCACUAGACAUUUCUACUCUCACUAAUGAGUCGCUGAGUAGGUCAGUUCCACUACUGGACAGCAGUUAUGUAUACGAUGAUGGGCCCAACAACCCUCCAACGGCACUCAAUUUCGGGCCAGUGUUUUUAUCAUCCAUAAUGUACAAGCUUAGCCCAAUUGAGGAUUAUGAACUGGCAAUAACAUUAGUGAGACCAUUACGGUUGUUUAGUGAAGAAGACAUGGCAAAGGAGAUUGUUCUAACAACUGAAAAUUAUGGAUCAGUUCGUCGGAUUUUCUUGAUUUCCGAAAAAGAUGAGGUCUCUAAAAAGGAUUUUCAACUAUGGAUGAUCCAAAGAAAUCCACCAAAUGAAGUUAUAGAAAUAUUGGGAUCUGAUCACAUGCUAAUGAUGUCGAAGCCGAUUGAGCUUUGGGGUCAUCUGUUAAGUAUUGCUGAGAAAGAUUCUUUGACACUACCCUUGUAAAUGGAAGAUGCUAUGCGUUUUCCUCAUCCCCCAUAUAGCAAUUUAUGGUGCGAAACCAGAUUUGCUUUUA